AUACCACGGUUGUAUGUAUACGACCGUGUUUCAUACUCAAACUGAUCGUCAAGGUAAAUUUUAAAUCUUUUAUUUUCUCCUUCCGGGUUCAUUUCUAUUUUACAAUUUUACAUCUCAAAUCUAUAACAUUUUCUCAAAGAGCCUAAUACGAAGUUUUAAAAAUGUCGUGUUUAAAUAUAAUUUCUCGUAAUUUCUCAAUUUCUACUUUAACCCGUGCAGCGAUUAAAAAUGUCACCGUUGUCGGCGGUGGUUUAAUGGGCUCGGGUAUCGCUCAAAUAUCUGCUCAAAGUGGUCACAAUGUGACAAUUGUAGAACUCAACCAGGAAGUUUUAGACAAAACUCAUAAGAACAUUCAACAGAGUUUACAAAGAGUCGCUAAAAAGGUUUAUAAGGAAAAACCUCAAGAAGGUGAGAAUUUUGUUUCAGAAUCUUUAUCAAGAAUUAGUACUUCCACAAACUUAGCCGAUGUAGUACAAAAUUCAGAUUUGGUGUUGGAAGCCAUCGUUGAAAAUUUGUCCAUCAAGCACAAACUUUUUAAGUCCAUAGAUGACAUAGCACCAGAAAAAACUAUAUUUGCUUCCAAUACAUCAUCAUUGUCUAUCGGCGAGAUUGCAGCUGUCUGUAAGAGGAAGGACAAAUUUGCUGGGUUACAUUUUUUCAACCCUGUACCGGUGAUGAAAUUAUUAGAAGUUGUCAGAACUCCGGAAACAUCUGAUGAAACUUAUGAAAAAUUAAUGGCUUGGGCAAAAGCUAUUGGUAAAACAGCCAUUACUUGUAAGGACACUCCUGGAUUUGUAGUCAACAGACUUCUUGUUCCAUUGAUGGCUGAAGCAAUUAGAAUGUUGGAGAGAGGUGAUGCUUCUCCUAGGGAUAUUGACAUAGCUAUGAAGUUAGGCGCAGGACACCCAAUGGGACCUAUUGAAUUGGCCGAUUAUGUUGGACACGAUACUACUAAUUCAAUUAUAAACGGAUGGCAUGAAAAAUUCCCAGAGAAUCCAUUGUUCAACCCAUUACCAUCUUUACAGAAAUUGGUUGAUGAAAAAAAAUUGGGUAUCAAGACUGGUGAAGGAUAUUAUUGUUACAAGAAAUAAUCUUCUUUAUAAUUAUUGUUUUGGGGCAGAAUAUUAUAUUAUUUUUAUUUUAUUCAUAUACAUAUUUGUUAAAAUUAUAGUAAUUAUUGAAAAAUCAAAUUAUUUUUAUAUACCUAUUGUUUUAAUCGAAUAAAUGAAACACAAAAAAAAUGAA